CAUCAAGAAUUUUUGUCUUUUAAGAACUUUGUUUUUAUCUCCUUGUUUAGUUACAAAAUAAAUUUGGAUUAAUAAACAUAUUAAAUGGAUCCGACCAAGAAAAUCGGUAAAAUAAAAGAACAAGUCGAACUAGAGAACAUAUCUCGACGUCGUUAUCCAGACAAAUGGGGCAAACUAACCGACAAAGAUGUUAACCGUUUUUACAAUCAGGACGAAGUCAAUAAAAUCCUUCGUACGAGGGCAGACGAUAAUGUCAAUAAAGACAUUUGGCCAUACGUUUACACAGGACACGGUGAUUCAUACUUUCUCUCAAAGGAUAUGUUUGAAUCGCUUGUGGCUAAAUGCCGUUGCGGUCGUCCACGUACCGAAGGGCAUUCAAUUAAAUGUCUGCAAAAAGUGCAAAACAAAUAUUUUAACGAUGACGACGACAACGAUGACGGCGCCGCUGGCGCUAACAGAAUCAGAAUAGGAAGAGCACUUCCAUCGUCGUCGUCGUCAUUGUCGUCGAUGGUUGCAGGUGAUGAUGAUGAUGGUCUUAGUAAAAGGAUUCAAGUCAAAUACAACGGCGGUGGUGGUGGCGGCAGUGAGGCAAUAGUCACAAAUGAUUCUGUUCAUCGUCGUAGUUCAAAAUCUCUUUGCGAAAUCAGGAGCCAAAAUCAUCGUACUGCCGGUAAUAGUGACAAACGUAUUCCAGAGACGUCAAACGGAAUGCUAGGAUGGCCAAAAAGCAGAUUUUGGGAAUGGGAACAAUCUACAAAGUACAUUUCACCGGUUACAAAGAUGCACGGUUAUAAAGUAACUGAACGUCCUUACAAUGUAAUUUUUAUUGGAUAA